GAAUCAGCUGCGGCGCCUCGCAACGGUGGCGGGAGAGACGCUGACACCGCCGGGGCCUGGAGCGACUGGAAGCGGGUGGACCGGCUGGCCUUGACUGGAGCAGAGAGGAGAGGAGAGGAGAGGAGAGGAGAGGAGAGGAGGGAGGCCCCGGCUCUGACAGACCUGCAGGCCAUCUGGAAAGCACAAUGAGUGUCAAGGCUUUCAAGCUUGUCCCCGCGGUUGAGCGGGAAAUGCUAAUGGGCGACAAAGCUCGAAUCAGUAUUGAAUGUGUUGAGUGCUGUGGAAGGAACCUCUAUAUUGGGACGAAUGAUGGGUCUAUCUGUCACUUCCUCCUGGAAGAGAAGAAUUCGCCGUCCGAAAAAACGGCAUUUUCGGUCACCAAGCAGCUGCAUAAAUAUCUAAGUUUUCGGAAGGCUGUCGGAGAGUUGAAAGCAGCUUCGGCACUUAAUAGACUUCUGGUGCUUUGUGACAAUACCAUCAUGUUAAUGAAUAUGAUGAAUUUGGAACCCAUCCCCACGGGGGCUAGAAUCAAGGGAGCUGUGACGUUCACACUGAAUGAGAACCCUGUGAGUGGGGACCCGUUCUGUGUUGAGGUUUGCAUCGUUUCAGUCAAACGGAGAACCAUCCAGUUGUUCAUGGUAUAUGAAGACAGAGUCCAGAUUGUGAAGGAGCUUUCUACUCCAGAGCAGCCCUGUGCUGUUGCUGCAGACGGCCAUUAUUUAUGCCUCGCUCUGACUACCCAGUACAUUAUCCUGAAUUACAAUACUGGAGUCUCCCAGGAUCUUUUUCCUUACUCUAGUGAAGAGAGACGACCAAUCGUGAAAAGAAUAGGCAGGCAAGAGUUCCUGUUGGCUGGACCUGGAGGAUUAGGUAUGUUUGCAACUGUUGAUGGCAUUUCCCAGCGUGCUCCAGUUCACUGGUCAGAAAAUGUGAUUGGUGCUGCCCUCUGCUUUCCUUACGUAGUUGCUCUUGAUGAAGAUUUCAUUACAGUGCAUAGUAUGCUGGACCAGCAACAAAAACAGACACUACCCUUUAAGGAUGGUCAUAUCCUACAAGACUUUGAAGGCAGAGUAAUUGUAGCUACCACCAAAGGAGUAUACAUCUUGGUGCCGCUACCUCUGGAAAGGCAGAUUCAGGAUCUUUUGGCCAGUCAGAGAGUCGAAGAAGCCCUAGUGUUAGCAAAGGGAGCCCGAAGAACUAUUCCAAAAGAGAAAUUUCAGGUAAUGUACAAGCGAAUCCUGCAGCAAGCAGGAUUUAUACAGUUUGCACAGCUUCAGUUCCUGGAAGCAAAAGAACUUUUCAGAAGCGGCCAGCUUGAUGUCCGGGAGCUGAUCUCUCUCUACCCCUUCCUGUUGCCUACUUCCUCUUCAUUUAUGCGAUCUCACCCUCCCCUCCACGAAUAUGCCGACUUGAACCAGCUGACGCAAGGGGACCAGGAGAAGAUGGUCAAGUGCAAGCAGUUUCUCAUGACCUACUUGAGUGAAGUACGCAGCACUGACAUAGCCAAUGGCUACAAGGAAGACAUUGAUACAGCUUUAUUGAAGCUCUAUGCAGAGUCCAAUCACGAAAGCCUUCUAGAUCUGCUUGUCACGGAGAACUUCUGCCUUCUCCCAGAUAGUGCUGCAUGGCUGGAAAAGCACAAAAAGUAUUUUGCACUUGGGCUCCUGUAUCACUCAAAUGGUCAAGAUGCUGCAGCACUACAGUUAUGGAUAAAAAUUGUUAAUGGAGACAUUCAGGACUCUACACGAACAGACCUUUAUGAGUAUAUAGUAGACUUCCUUACCUCCUGUCUGGACCAUGAAUUAGUGUGGAAGUAUGCAGAAUGGGUCUUACAGCAAAGUGAGGAGGUUGGCGUAUACAUCUUCACUAAAAGGCCCCUGGAAGAAGCACAACACAAAAACAGCUUUAAUCCAGAUGAUGUAAUCAGCUGCCUUAACAAAUAUCCCACAUCACUAGUAAAAUAUUUAGAAUUCUUGGUUCUAGAGAAAAGAAUAAAACAGAAGGAGAAGUACCACACCCACCUAGCAGUGCUUUACCUGGAAGAAGUGCUACAUCUGAGAUUGCUGGGUGCAGAGAAGGGUGAGGAACUGACCAAAACACAGGUGAAGCUACGCAAUCUUCUGCAGAAAUCGGACCUUUAUAGAGUUCAUUUUAUUUUAGAUAAAAUCAGUGGCACAGAUCUUCCUAUGGAGUGUGCAAUACUAUAUGGAAAACUGGAAGAGCAUGACAAAGCUUUACAGAUCCUGGUCCAUGAACUGAAGGACUUUGCUGCUGCUGAGGACUACUGUGUGUGGAACUCCGAGAACAAAGACCUUCCUUACAGGCGGAAGCUUUUUCAUAUGCUGCUUUCGACAUAUCUCAAUUCCAGCACAUCAGAACACGGACUGGUCAUGGCUGCUGUAGAUCUGCUAAACAAUCAUGCGGUUGAAUUCGAUGCAGCGUGUGUUUUGCAGCUUAUUCCCGACAGUUGGUCAGUGCAGCUUCUUUCCUCGUUCCUGACUGGUGCAAUGAGGGAAAGCAUUCACGCACAAAGAAUGACUCAGAUUGCACUGGGCUUAGCAAAGGCUGAGAACCUUACCUAUAAACACGAAAAGGUAAAACUAAAAGGAAGCCCAAUCGCUCUCUCGGACAGAAAACUCUGCCAGGUGUGUCAAAACCCUUUCAGUGAGCCUGCUUUUGUCAGGUAUCCCAAUGGCAGUGUGGUCCACACACACUGUGCUGCAAAUAGACUUGUGAAUUCUAACACAAACCACCAUUUAUCCAGCCCAAGUGGACGGACAUGAAACACAUUCAAGGUGGUCCCAGUUGCUGUGUUAGUGACUCCUUGGAACAUACAAGGAGAGCCUGCUGGGUAAAGUAACCAGUCAAGAAAAAGAGGUUGUCCCCAGGUGAAUGGGAAGACUUCAACCAAUGUGAACCCGGCCACUUAACUGCUGAUCCUUAUGAAUGUAGACGGCACAAGAAAUUACAGGUGUUUAUAUAAUGAAAAAAUACUUCCCUCACAGUAAGGGUGAGUGUUAGGGGAAACAUUUUUUUUAAUUAAAACUUGCACUGAAUUUGUUAAUCAACUGGUCUUGGAAGGAGAAAGGCUGAUGAACAGAGAUCUCUUUCCCCAAAUAGCUAAUUAUUCUGUCUCUUGGAGAAUUGGCAUAAUACAGCACUUUCCUGAGAGUAGAGCAUAGCUGUAUUAUGUUCUCAGCAGGGUCUACACAUUUCCUGUUGGGACAGGAUCAUGAACUCAUUCUGUGCUCUUCAUACUCUUAAGAUCUGAUGCACUUUUUGAGCCUUUGUUCUCCUUUCUUCUCUGCCAUGCAAGUCCAUGCAUUACUGAACGUAUUGAAGCACUAACCUCUUGGGAUUUCCCACUCUAGUGGGAAAUGGGAAAACCAUGGUUUGGAAGUCCCAGAGCUUCUGACACUACUAAUCACAGUGCAGCCACCAGUGUCUGUCAUAUGGAACCCUAAACCUUGGGGUGGGGUGGGGUGAGGUGGGGAUGGGAGGGUUGAAGGAAACGGCUUUGAUAAAUGUAAUGAAUUAUUUAUUAUCAUACAGAUGUUCUGUAAAUACAGUUGAAUGAAAUUAUUUUAUAUCUCGACAUUCUCUAGCGCAAACACAUGUAAAUCAGUAAAUCCAGAUCUAGCUUUUGAAGAGUCUACACCUGACAUCACAAAAGAGCCAUCUUUACGAUUCCCUGCAAGUAAAGAAAUCUGUGCCUCCGAUCUGUUUGCAGGAACGGGUUCAUAUGAAGGGAUAAAGGGGCUGUAAAGACAUCAGUAGUUGCAGCCUCAAGGUGCUGAAUAAGCUUGAUAACAUUUAAUAAACAUUCGCUGGAUUCUCAAGUAGUGUGCUAAACUCUUUGAAACCUGUCAGUGUCUGCAAAACUACCAUGAUAUUGCUUUUCAACUUGGAAUGUGAUACUGCUUUACUGAGUUACAUACACACACGUACUUAUCUCUGCCUCUCCAGAUUACUCCUCCUCCUGGGUUAAAAAGGAGA